CAAAUGUUUAUGUAUUUCUUUCAAUUUUAAACCCCAUGCGCAGCAUAAGGGUAAAGCGGCAUCAUGUUCUCCUGUUUCUUUCGCACUUAUAAAAAAACACCCUCUCACAAAAAUACAUUGAAUGCCGUAUGUGGCUACUAAAACCUACCCAUCUGGUCACACUUAAAAAUAAUUUAAUUCGUUUAUUUUAUUCUGUGGGUCCUGGAAACUUUAAAUAGAAAUGUCUGAUCCAGGAAGCGCUGGCUAUAACAUAACGAAGGACCCUGCCUUAGUUAAAAGUCGCAUAUUCCUGGGAAACCUGCCGAUCUGCACGCGCGAGGAGCUGGUGAGCAUUUGCCAGCCGUAUGGAAAAGUCCUGGGCUCGGUGGUGCAGAAAAAUUACGGAUUCGUACAAUUCGAAACGGAGGAUCUGGCCAAUAAGGCGGCUUCUGCCCUAAACAAGUCCACGUUUAAGCAAAAUGUACUCACCGUACGGAAUGCUAGCAUAAAAUCGAAGGCAGCCAAUGCUGCAGCUAAAAGGUCUGCGAAGCAAGCAGCUCAUGUCACAGUUCAGGGCGGAAUUGUUAUGUCCGCGGCGGCGGCGGCUGCUGGUCAGCCCCUCAUCAACGAUUGCGAGAUAAUAGUCGUGAAUAGGGAGAAUACCAAAUACGCAGAGUACAUUGAGGAACGGCUGAGGAAUGCCGGUAUGCGAGUGGACGUUCUGUUUCCAAAUGAAGAUGUCCUGCUGGGCAUGGUCCUGGCCAACAUCUCGUCGCGUGGCUGCCUGUAUGCGGUUUUAGUUACUCCACAGCACGAAGAGCACAACAGUAUUACGGUGAACAUAUUAUAUGGCGUGCCGGCUGAGCAUCGCAACAUGCCACUUGAGGACGCCAUCACCCUCAUUGCCACCGAUUUCAGACUGAAGAAACAGCGCGACGCUGUUGCCUUACCCCCGGUAACCUCCGUUCACAAGGGACAGCGCCGUCAUCCUGAGCAAAUGCAGGAACUCCUGGAAAGACUGGCCGACAAUCAUCCCUUGACCGCAUCGCAGUAUGAGGUGAUUAUAAAGUAUCUAGAGGGCGAACGCGAGGAGCAACUGAAGCGCGAGGUGGGCGAGGCCAAUGCGAUUGCCAAACUCAAGGCUCCUGAUCCAGAGAUCGAGCUACAAAAGAAGAUCCUUAGCAUUAUGAACAAGCCAGCUGUUACCGAAAUCACCAACGAGAUGAUGUAUCCCACAUUUGAGGCGGUCAAGGAGGACAAGCGCUUGAUGGAGCUACUGCAGGACCAACGCGUUAUAGCGGCUUUGGAAAGCGUAUAUAAUUCCGAUCUUAGGGAAACUAUAGCCGAGUUCUUAUAGAUUCUCGGCCUUCAAAUAAGACGCUAACCACUAAAGGAUUAGAAUUUCAAUUACAGGAUCUCUAUACAAUCUAAGCUUCCAGAUGGUGUGUCGUUUUCAUUUUGCACAUAUUUGUUUUCAGAUGUUAAAAACAAAACAUACCAAUUAGAUUGUGUAAUGUGAUCCUGGCAUUUAGUAAAUAAAUGACGUUUGCAACAAACAGCAA